UGUUUAAGCGGACCGAUGAGAGUUUGGAUACUCGCUCCUCUCAUGAACAUCACAUUAUAAAUCAUCUUUUAUUAGGUCCGAACUUUAUUUUGUUUUUAAAUCAAUUGUUGAGACGAUAUCGUGCGUCGCUGUGGAUCUCAUUCUUAAAUCGAUGUAUUUAUUUGAUGUUGCGGUUUGUGUCGAUGAUGAUCAACCGAGAAGCAGGUGCGUUUGAGGAAAAACAUUCGUCCUGCUUGUGAUCCUUUAUUCUGUCCCUGGAUCAGUCACUAUCGGAUUAUGUUUAAAUAUGUCAAUCAUCUCAAUUUUAAGAUGUAACUUUUAUAAUAACGCUGCUAUAACAAACUGAAGUGCUGCAGGAUCGAUGAUGGACUCUAUGGAGAGUUGGGCUUUAAACUGCGUCCGAUCAACGUGAUGGAUUCAUGAUCGGACAUCAAACACAAUAAAUGUCUCUGUGGAUUGUUGGAAUAUUGCGUGGCAUUUAUGGAAUUUGCUGUGAUCGAUUGAUUUUAAAGCGGAUCGGAUCGAUGUGAUCACAGUCUUCUCGGAGCUACAGUUUAUGAUUGUUAAAGAAGAUCACCUGUAGAUCACAGUACUGAAUCAUGCUGGCGUGUCUGCAGCAUCAGAAGUCACCCGUCCACCACCUGCCGGACAUCACAAAGAUCCUGGACACAUCUCUCCAUCACCAGAGUGAGCUCCGGUACCCGUCUGUAGCCGAACUAGACGCCUAUGCUCACAGGACGGCCGACAGCCCGCUAUCCAUCAAGAUCUUCCCGACCAACAUCAGAGUCCCGCAGCACAAACAAAUCAACAGAACCGUCAAUGGUUUGGAUACGGACGGUCAGCGGUUCGGCUUAUCUUCUCACCCAUUCUCCGCUGGGCAUCGAGGCUUGUUGGCUAUUGUAAAAACUCCUGCAGACAAUGGUGGGUUGAAAAGCUUGGAGGGUAAAAGAGGAAAACUGUCUCCCUUCCUAAUGGCUGUCGCCCCUUACGUGCCACCCAGCAACAUACACAGGCACAAGUCGUAUGAUGUAGACGUACCCGGCGCUCUCAAUACGGCGAUGUCCAACCAAAGCAUCGUUCAGCAUAAGAGCCGUCCAUCUAACUGCAGUCCAGCUUUCCUGGCGGCCACCGCCGCGUCCUGCUCAGAUUCUGGGUUUACGGUGUCUGGUUCAGCUCGGGUGUACGCCAGAGCCGUGCUGCCCACUCAGAGUGCAGACGGGCACGUGGAGGGUUUGGAUUAUUGGCAGCACAGAACGCAGCAUCGCUACACACACGGCACUUACGGCGCAAGCUCUCCAGAGGUCUGUGUCCCUAUCGCAUGUGCUCGGCUUUCCUACAGACCUCCUAGCUUUAGUAUGACAAAUGGUGUUCUGGAGAAGAUCCCAUCCUCCACGCUGAACUCAACCAUGGCACCUCCUUGGAAUGCCGUUCUAACCACACCAGAUACUGAGUCCUAUAGUCAGCAAGAGCAAAGCACCGGUUCAUCCAUGGACCUCCAUCCACACAUCCAUCGACGUCCUCAACCAUACCUGACGGAGCGGAGCGCGUGCCGUAGGUUUCCUGAUAAAAGCUCGUGUCAGGUGUCUCUCCUGAGCAGCAGUCUGAAAUCUCUGGAGUGUCUCAUCAGUGAGAUUCAUCCACCCUGUAUAAAGGAGCAAAUGCUGGGCCGAGGGUACGACACCACCACCAGUGUCACUCGACUUCUGGAUCAUCAGGACGCACACAUUCAUCUGCCCGUGUUGAGAUAGGACACUAGGAGAUUCAGUGGACAUUGAGUAAAUGUUUAUGGGUUAUAGUGAAGGUCGUAUAUCACUGAUUGACUUACUGGAUCAUUUUCAAUCAUUUUACCAAGUGUUUAUCAAGCUUCAGUAGUUUGUUAGAUGAGCAGUAAUGGUUUGUUAAGAUCCAGACACAAAAGUGAGGUUUCCCGGACAGGGCUUAUCCAAGUCUAAAAUGCAUGUUUGAGCUGCCAAAAUUUAACCCCUUAACUGCACUGUCCCGUGAGCAGGACACCUAAGUUGACUUUAAAAGUACAUUUUAAUCUAUCAUGAUAAACGUUUUCAUAUUUCAAAACCUUUUAGCAGUAAUAAUAAUGCAGUGACAGUCAUUUAUUAAUUUGUGACCAGAGUAUGCAGCAAACCAUUGACACCUAGUGGCCGUUGUUGGUAAAAACACUAAAACACUAAGAAUGUAACAGAAAUUGUAUUUUUUGUUACAAUUUUAUGUAUAAAAUAUACAUAUUUAUAAAUAUACAUAUUUUAUAUAACUAAGGCCUAGUCCUGGAAUAAUCUGAACCCUGUCUGGGAAACCACCCCAUAAAGUUUAACUCUUCAGCAGACAAACAUGAAGCUUUUACACUGUAGCCCUAUAGAGGAAAAAUAUAUGAUAAAUAUGUUGAAUAUGAAUUUCAUCAGAUUUUCUGCUGAUUUCAUGUAAACGUUGUUCAGUCAGGGUUGGGUAUCGUAAGAAAUUUCGGUUCUACGUUUCCUGUUUCUGAUUCUAUUUUACCGAAAGAAAUAUGAAAAAUAAUGCACAAUACUAAUAUUAAUCACUAUCAAAAUAUUGUAAACAGAGCAUUUAAAUUCAUAUUAUUUGAAUUUUGUUGCGUGACUGUAAACAGCAGCUCAACGUAAUUAAUAUUCAUGAAGUUAACAUGGCAUUUAAAAGUGACCGUUCCCAGUGCUUUGCCCCCUAUGCAUUAUAUCGGAACCGCUUUUAGAACCAAAACUUAAUAAUUCUUGCUUCCGGUUCCCAACCCUAGUCCUGAAACACUGAACACACUGAAAAAUUUCAAUGGAUCACAAGAAAAAAACAAGACUACAAGCACAAAACUCUUGCAUUAUGUUAGUUUACAGACAUCAUCAGAGAGAAGAUUCACUUCAGAUUAAGACCUGAUGGAUUUCAUCAUCAUCAUCAUCAUCACUGUUGAUCUACGGCUGUUAGUGAAGAAACUUUUCUCUAUUUUACAAACUUCAGAUUACAAUAAUCCUAUAAAACACUCUUUAAUCUCAUCUGAGGUUUAUUUCUGGCAUGGAAUUGUGAAAUUAAAGCAAAUGAACUUGAUAUUUUAAGUGAUAAUUUCUAUAAGUAGCUUCACAAAUAAGGAUGAAGUUUGUUUAUAUUUACUGUAAUGGGUCCAGUUUGGAUCUUUACUUCUGAAGCUGUCAGAGAUGUUAUUGAGACUCAGGAUUUGCUUCAUCAACACAGAUUUUAUAUAAACGGAUACCCUCAGUAUUUUAUUAAUGUGUGUCUUAUUUAUUGAGAUUUGGAUUGUUAAUGCUAAACAUUUCUUUUUGUUUGUUUAUUUAUUUUGGGAAAUUGCAUAUGAAUGAGAUGUUAUGGGCUCGAUGUUUUAAAAGUGCAAUUACUCUGAUCAGAAAGAAAGCCCGAAACAUCUUUAAAUUCAUUGACAUCUAUCAAUGCGAUUGU